CAAAACACCACGAAAUAACCUAUCACGCAAAGACUUUAUUGUAAAUACGGAAUACAGUUAAUUUACCAUUGUCAUUAAGUUUAAUAAGUUGUGUAGAAUUAAAUAACGUUAUCGAUGAUGCUGGAACGCAAAGAUCAGGAAGGGAAUUUAUACGUUUUCAAUGAGGAAGAUUUACCAUAUGAAGAAGAAAUCUUGAGAAAUCCGUAUUCUGUAAAACAUUGGCAACGUUAUAUAGAUCAUUUAAAAAGCACAAAGAGUAGUAACUUAAACAUUGUGUAUGAACGAGCUUUAAAGGAACUUCCUGGCAGUUACAAAUUAUGGUACAAUUAUUUACGUCAACGUGUAAAUCAGUUAAAAGGACGAUGUAUAACAGAUCCCCUUUACGAAGAUGUAAAUAAUGCAUUUGAACGUGCCCUAGUUUUUAUGCAUAAAAUGCCUCGGAUUUGGAUGGAUUACUGCACAUUAAUGACAGAACAAUGUUACAUAACUCGUACUCGACAAAUUUUUGAUCGGGCACUUAGAGCCCUUCCGAUUACACAGCAUCAUCGUGUAUGGCCAUUAUACAUUGAAUUUUUAAAGCAAAACAAUGUAUAUGAAACUGCUGUCAGAGUUUUCAGGAGAUAUCUCAAGUUAGCUCCAGAAGAUACAGAAGAAUACAUAGAAUACCUCAUAUCGAUCGAGAGACUCGACGAAGCAGCCAUGAAACUCGCGCAAAUUGUUAAUCAAGAUGACUUUGUAUCAAAACACGGGAAAUCAAAUCAUCAAUUGUGGAAUGAAUUAUGCGAUUUGAUAUCAAAAAAUCCUUCCAAAAUAAAAUCUCUUAAUGUAGAUGCUAUUAUCAGAGGCGGUUUAAGACGUUACACUGAUCAGUUAGGUCCACUUUGGAAUUCUUUGGCAGAUUACUAUGUUCGCAGCGGUUUAUUUGAAAGGGCAAGAGAUAUUUACGAAGAAGCAAUACAAACAGUGACAACAGUUAGGGAUUUUACUCAAGUUUUUGAUGCUUAUGCACAGUUUGAGGAACUUAGUCUUAGUAAACGCAUGGAGGAUGCUGCGAAAAAUCCUACCGAAGAUGAUGACAUAGAUUUAGAAUUGAGAUUAGCACGAUUUGAACAUCUGAUGGAAAGACGAUUAUUAUUACUUAAUUCUGUAUUACUUAGACAAAACCCACACAAUGUACAAGAGUGGCAUAAAAGAGUUAUGCUUUAUGAAGGACAACCUCACGAAAUUAUUAAUACAUAUACAGAAGCUGUACAAACUGUGCAACCACAUUUAGCAGUAGGCAAAUUGCACACUUUAUGGGUUGCGUUUGGCAAAUUUUAUGAAGAGAAUGGUCAAAUAACAGAUGCUAGAGUGGUUUUUGAAAAAGCAACUCAUGUUCCAUAUACCAAAGUAGACGAUCUCGCUUCUGUAUGGUGCGAAUGGGCUGAAAUGGAAAUUAGACACGGAAAUUAUAAAGAUGCUUUGAAACUUAUGCAUCGCGCUACGGCUAUGCCAUUCCGCAAAGUAGCUUAUCACGAUGAAACAGAAACUGUUCAAAUGAGAUUAUAUAAAUCAUUGAAAGUCUGGUCUAUGUAUGCGGAUUUGGAAGAAAGUUUUGGUACAUUUAAGACAUGCAAAGCAGUAUAUGAUAAAAUUAUAGAUUUAAAAAUCGCAACACCGCAAAUCAUUAUUAAUUACGGUCUCUUUUUAGAAGAAAAUAAAUAUUUUGAAGAAGCCUUCAGAGCGUAUGAGAAAGGAAUUGCAUUAUUUAAAUGGCCUAAUGUUUACGAUAUAUGGAACACGUAUCUUACGAAAUUCUUAAAACGUUACGGUGGUACAAAAUUGGAACGAACGCGAGAUUUGUUUGAACAGUGCUUAGAACAUUGCCCACCUAAAUACGCUAAAGCUUUGUAUUUAUUGUAUGCAAAAUUAGAAGAAGAACAUGGCUUGGCUAGACAUGCAAUGUCUGUGUACGAGCGAGCAACAAGCGCCGUUCUUCCCGAAGAAAGAUUUGAGAUGUUCAACAUAUACAUAAAGAAAGCAGCAGACAUAUACGGUGUUCCGAAAACGCGACAAAUAUAUGAAAAGGCUAUAGAAGUUCUAAACGAAGAAAAUACAAGAGAAAUGUGUUUGCGAUUUGCUGAGAUGGAAACGAAAUUAGGAGAAGUUGACAGAGCGCGGGCGAUAUAUGCACAUUGCAGUCAAAUUUGCGACCCAAGAGUAACAUCGAAUUUCUGGCAAAUAUGGAAAGAAUUUGAAGUGAGACACGGCAACGAGGAUACAAUGCGUGAAAUGCUUCGAAUAAAACGCAGCGUUCAAGCUAUGUACAAUACUCAAGUAAAUAUGAUGUCUGCUCAAAUGUUAAACAAUGCAUCAAACCCACCGUCAGACGUACCAGUGGAUGCAAUGCAUCUUUUGGAUAGUAAAACACCAAGUACAGACAACGUUGCCGCGUACAAGGAUAGUAUAAAAUUUGUUCGCGGCGUGACAGAAGGAGAUGGAAAAUCGGAAUCACAAGUGAAUAAUCCGGAUGAGAUAGAUAUUGACAUAGAUGAUGUUAAUGACAACGAAGCGGACGUGGAGGAAGAUAUACCCAUUGAAAAACAAACUAUUCCAUCGCAAGUAUUCGGUAGUUUAAAAGCAACUGAGGGCGAAGACGAUUAAGCCGUGUAUAAAUUAUGAUGCGUAGAAAAUAUGUAAAUAAACGGUUUCAUAAUGAA